GAUAUAUCUAUACAUAUGUACAUGUAAGAAUACAUAUAUAGGUAUAUACGGCAAAAGCAGUGAAGAGUGAGUUACUCGAUCGAAAAAUGGAUCUUACACCGUGUUCGUGUGCGAUUUCACGAACUUUGAUCGUGGCACGGUGCCUAUAAAAUAAUAUUACGGCUUAACGGUUACGCAUAUAACGCUAAACAAUUGUGAAUAAUUACUCUAAACAAAAUAUAUACAACUUAACCAGUAAUAAUUAUUAAUUAUCAUCAUUUAUAUAAAAAUUUACAGAUGGUCAAUGAACAUUAUUAUUAUCAUCAACAUUAUUAUCAUCAUCAUCAUCAUCAACAUCAUCAUCGUUGUGAGAAUAUCAAGUCAUCCAAUUUACAUUGAUAGUAUUUAUAGUUUAUCCCGGUUUAUUUUUACCUUUAACAAGACUUAAAAUAUAAAAAUGCAAUCUACUACCGGCUGAAGAUUUGUUUCUCAUUAAAAAAAAAUUUUUUUUUUUUAAUUAUUAUCAUCAUUAUUUAUGUUGGUGGUUAACGGGUCUGUGAGGUCACAGAGAAGUUUUGGGUUAAAUAAGGGGCAACCGUGUUGUUAUUGGAAAUAAGAGAUAAAUAUUUACAUAAAAGACAAAUAUAUAAUUAUAUAAUAAUUAAUUACUAUAUUAAUUAAUUAAACAAAUAAACAAAAUAACAAUUAUUAUAAUAAAAUGAAUACAAUGGAGUCAGCAAUAACUGGUCGAAGGCGUGCUGCUAGUCGGCACUCUGCUGAGGACCAAGCUCUCGAUCAAAUAGCAAAAGAGGCUGGAGAAAGAUUAGCAGCACGAAGACAAGCCAGGGCCGAAGCACGAGAAAUCCGAAUGAGAGAGUUAGAAAAACAGCAAAAAGAAGCCGAACAAACCGCUGAUCGUGUUUACGAUAUGUGUAAUGCUGACGGAACAAGAACUUUGAGGGUAACACCAGAUCCUACAAGGGUUUCACGCUUAUUAACAAAUUCAAAUAAUUUUCAGUCAAGUCGUAGGUCUUCCGAAGAUUCCUUAGAGGAUGCUGGUCAAAGUAGAGAUUUAAGAUUAGAGCUUAAAGAGCUUGAAGAAAAAUUUAGAAAAGCAAUGAUUGCUAAUGCUCAACUGGAUAAUGAAAAAUCGUCAUACGUUUAUCAAGUGGAUUUACUUAAAGAUCAAUUAGAAGAAUCGGAAGAAUCCGCCGCUACAUUGCGACGAGAGCUCAGGGAAAAAACUAGUGAGGCUAAAUUAUUGCAACGUGAUUGCCAACGGUUGAAAGAGGAUUUUGAAAUGUGUAAAACAUUACUGGAGGAACGAGAUAGGCUUAUAGAAGAAAAUGGAUUGGUAAUAAUUGAAGAUGAGGUCAGUGAUGACGAAGAAGCAGAAACAACUAAUGGAUUUGUGAAUCGUAAAAAAAAAGUACUAGUCAGUACGGAAGCUGCUGAAUUAUUACAAAAUGCUGGUGAAGGAUCUCUAGAUGUUCGGUUGAAAAAGUUUGGUGCAGAGAAAAAAGAAUUACAAGAUGAAAUCCGACAUCUAAGACUAGAAUUGGAAGAAGCCAAGAGUCGAUUAAGAUCUGAAAGAUCGUCUGGAUCAGUAUUAGACUCAGAAGACGUCCAAAGGGAAGCAAAUAAAUUGUUGGCAGAUUACAAAUUCAAGUUACAAAAAGCUGAACAAGAUAUGUCGACGUUACAAGCAACUGUCGCGAGAUUAGAGAGUCAAGUUAUUCGUUACAAAUCAGCGGCCGAAACUUCUGAGAAAGCCGAAGACGACUUGAAGGUUGAGAAGCGGAAAUUACAGAGAGAAGUAAGAGAAUCACAGAGUCGUGUUGAAGAAUUAGAAACAACAAAUUCACAUUUACAAAGACGAUUAGAUAAAUUGAUAAAAGCAAAAUCGGCUCUUUUGAAAGAGCUCUGACGGGACGGUAAUUCCGGCGAGACCGGAUAAUAAAAUUAAUGCUGCAACAAUUAAGGUGAUACUAGUAGUUUGUACCUUUCAUACAAAGAUGAAAAAAAUUUAAUAACAAACAAGUAUAUAAUUCAUCAUUAUACACUAACUUAAAAUCUGUUAAAUAUGAAGUGAAAGUGGAAAAAAUAACAAUCAGAUAUAUUUAUUAAAAUCGUCUAAUAAUUAUCUAAUUCAUACUCUUGCAAUGUGCAGCCAGUUGAUAGCACCAUCUUAGGCGUUAUUUCGUUAGUUUUGCGUUUACAACUUUAUCGACAUGAAUUUCAUUUUUUGGAAUAUACUCACUCUUAAAAAAAAAAAAAAAAAAUAAAUAUAUAAUGUAUAUCAAAAUAGUUAAAUAGAUUUUUUUUUAAACAAUUUUAAAAGGUUCUUUGUACUGAGACCUAAUGGUCGUUAAAAUUGAACCAUUUUGUAUUUAAAAACCACAAACAAAUUAUGAUUGCGUGAUUUACACACAAAGAUUUCAAAAUUAAAUUUUUUAUAACUAUAUAAAAAUAUUACUGGAUAUUUAAACACCAGAAAUGUCAGUCGCCUAAAAGACAAAACGAAAUUGAUGAAAAAAAAUAUGUUAAUUUACAUAAAUAUAUUAAUUAUUUAUAAUAAUCAACAUCGAAUUAUCAAUAGAUCGAAGUUUUAAUCGGAUAUGUAAAUUUUUCCAAUGUUAUUUAUUAUUAUUAAAAAAUAAUAUGAUCCAAAUGAUUCUCUUAGAAGAAAUAUUAAAAAAAUGGUGCGUACUUAGAUUUUCAACUCGUACAAAAAAAUAUUCGAAAGCGUGAUCAGUAUUUAAAAUAAAUUUUUAAAAAUGAAUGAAAGGAUUAUUUAAUAUUUUAGUUGUGCAAUUAAACAGAGUCUUGUUUGUUGGAAUGUUUUUAAUACCUUAAUUGCAUUUAUUAUAUACUAUUGGACAUUUAAACAAAACGACCAAUAUUUA